AUGACGAGCAAGCCCAAGUUCGGUUUCAAGGGUCUUACGGCGGUGACCAACAGAACCACCCAGAAGGUGAAGGAGAAGGUGGGCAAGGCCGAGGAGACGGUCGAUGUCGGCUUCAACCAGGAGCACGCCAAGUUCGACCUCUACUACAAGCAGCUCAAGAAGAUGAGCAAGGACCUCAGCGACUACACUAAGAGCCUUCGAGCCAUUUCUGAUGCUCACAGCUCCCUGGGUACGAGCACGGGCUGCUUCUACGAUUCUGGCAGCGCCCUCUGGGAGUGCAACCAGCGUUACCUCCUUACCGUCGGUGACAUCGACAAGGCCCGACAGGCCCUGGAUGAGACUCUUCGCGUUGAUAUCGUCGCCCCCGUCGAUGCCUACCUCGGCCAGUACAGGACGAUGGAGAACCGAAUCAACGAGAGGUCGCGCCGACGACUUGAGAUGGAUCGUUUCAGGGGCAAGGUGAGGAAGUUCCUCGCCCACCCUCCCGAAAAGCCGGAGAAGCUCACACAGGCCGAGGCCAACUACAACAUGUGGAAGGCCGCCUACGAGGAGCUGAACACCGAGCUCAUCAGGGACAUCCAGAGGCUGUGCGCCGACAGGAACACCUUCUUCGAUCCGUGCUUCUCCACUAUCAUCCAAGCGGCCGCUAGGUACUAUCAGGAGGUGGCUGCCAUCACCACCUCGCUGGUGCCCAUGGUGCAGCACAUCGACCCCAAGGCUGCUCACCACCACCGCGUGGUCAUCCUCGAUGACGAGGAGUCCUCCGCGUUGAAGACCUACGAGUCGCACAAGAAGGCCACCGGCACGAGCCGCGUCGACCACACGCCUUCCUACCAGCAACCACCCUCGUAUGCCUCUGCCCCUCAGAGCGGCUACGGCGGUCAGCCCCCCGCCUACGGUGGCCAGCCCGGCUACGGCGCCCCGCAGAGCGGCUAUGGCGGCCAGCCCGGCUACGGUGCCCCUCAGAGCGGCUACGGCGGCCAGCCUGGCUAUGGCGCCCCUCCCCCGCAGCAGGGCUUCGCGCCUCCCCAGGGUGGUGCCCCUCCCAUGCCCGGCAGGCCCGGACCCGCUCCCCCGAGGAGGCCCGGAGAGCAGGCCCGCGCUCUGUACGCGUUCAACCCGGAGGCCCCGACCGAGCUGGGCUUCCAGCCCGGCCAGGUGCUCAACAUCAUCAGCAAGAACGGCGACUGGUGGGAGGCCGAGCUCAACGGCAGGCGCGGUCUCAUCCCGGCCAACUACGUGCAGCUGGUCUAA